AUGUCAGGUGCUGCUACAAUCAUCGUGUUCAGAUGCUACCUCAUCCCUGCUUCACACCUGAGCAGUUUAUCGAGGACAUUCGGAUGGUUCAGUGCGGACACGUUCCCCCUUCAGCUCCACAGCCAUUUUGUUGGCCUUGUUGGCCGGAAGGCGAAGACUGCACACUUCAUGCACGACCUGCCGAGCGUGUUAGACGAUGACAGCCUCACGAAUGUUGUGGAGGAUGACCCUGAAGUCUCUAUCGAUGGCAUCUUGAUUAACCCCACAGACGAUAUCACUGAGGACGGUUUUACCAGUUCCCAGCCCGACUCUCUCUCCAGUGAUGGGGAAGAACACGAGCUAGAAGAUCAGGCUGUUGAUGACAAUACCAGUGUUGAAACACUUAUUGACAUAGACCCUGCCAUUCAGUUUAAUUGGUUUGUCAGUGUGGGCUAUUCUGGAGUUGGGCUGUUUAGAGACAUCUACGCUGCCCGCAAACUUCGUGCUGCUGGCACAACUGUAUACUACUUCUGCACGCUCUCUGAUGCCAAGAAGCAUUUCUGGGAGGUGUUCGAUGCAUGGUGCAGAUGUGCUCAAUGGGUCUUGGAUACUCUUUACCACGGUCACUGCAGGACCAACGUCCCGUAA